AUGCAGACAAAUAACUUCUUCUUGAAAACCAUUCCAUGGCUUCUUACCCUAUUAAACUCCAUCCAGCUCAUCACUGCUGAUACUUCAGCCGGACAGCCAGGCAACCGGAAGUCUCCCAGUCGCUAUGUCUUCGCCCAUUUCAUGGUCGGCAUAGUAAGCAACCGCGCCAGUUCCUCCGAGUACGACACUGAUAUGCGACUCGCUCGCCGCGCCGGCAUCGAUGCCUUCGCUCUCAACAUCGGCACCGACACUUUCACAGACAAACAACUCGACUACGCUUAUGCAUCCGCCGCUACAAACCACAUGAAAGUAUUCUUGUCCUUUGAUUUCAAUUUCUGGAACCCGAGUGAUUCCUCUUCAGUAGGCGCAAAAAUCGCAAAAUAUGCUAAUCAUUCUGCACAAUUGACUGUCGAUGAUAAAAUUUUCGUAUCUACUUUCGUAGGCGAUGCUCUCAACGUCGCAGAUGUGCGAGCAAAAGCAGGGGUUCCAAUAUUCUUUGCACCGAAUUUCAGCCCGGGUUCGUAUAAUUUUCAGGAAUUAGAUGCCGCGUUUAAUUGGAUGGGGUGGCCUAAUAACGGUGUCAACAAAGCGCCUUCUUCUUCGGCAAACUUCACAGUUCGUGAUGGUGAUGUGGCUUAUAUGAAUUCGUUAGCAGGUAAAGAUUAUGUGGCGCCUGCUAGUCCGUGGUUUUUUACACAUUAUGGUCCGGAGGUGCCGUAUAGUAAGAAUUGGGUCUUUCCGGCUGAGGGACAGUGGGUGCAGAGGUGGCAGGAUUUAUUGGGUUUGGGAGCGAGGUUUGUGGAGAUUGUUAGUUGGAAUGAUUAUGGCGAAAGUCAUUACGUAGGCCCGCUAUCUUCACCCCAUACUGAUGAUGGGAACUCCAAAUGGACAAAUAAUAUGCCUCACGGAGCAUGGCUCACACUAGCUACCCCCUUUAUCCGCGCUUUUCAUGCGGGCGUCGCCUCCCCAGCAAAAUACAUAAACCGCGACCUCAUAAUCUACUGGUACCGACCUAAUCCACUCCCCCUCAACUGCGACGCUACCGAUACAACCAUGCUCGAAGCAUCCAAUUCAUCCGGCGAAUAUUUUAACGGCAAACCGAAUGGCUGGGAAACCGAAAGCGACACCAUCUUCGUAACCGCUCUUUUAAAAUCCCCCGGAAACGUAACCGUCGUUUCUGGAGAUGGUGCUUUUCAAUUCAAUGCCAUAAAAGGUGUAAACGCAUUUACAGUACCAAUAGGAGUAGGAAGUCAAAUUUUCGGGCUCUGGAGACGUGGGAAAGUAGUCUUCCAAGAAACGAGCCCUAGGAAUGUAACAGAGAUUUGUGCGUGUGGAAAUUAUAAUUUCAAUGCGUAUGUAGGACAAGUUCCUUCUUCGAGAGGAAAAGAUCAGUUGCCGCCUGCUGGGACGGCUUUGUUGACGAGUGGUAUUAGGGUUCCCCCUGAUCAGUGUGUGGCUGUUACUGGGAGUGCGGGGGAAGUAGGUGAUGAUGAUGGGAGUGUGAGUUUUGCGGAAAGUACGAGUGAGACUUUUGCUAGUAGUGAGAGUGCGAGUGAGAGUAGUACUAAUCAGAAAAGAGCUUUUGGGUUACCAAGUCGCUGGGAGUGGAUUAGGGGAUGGAGGGAUUUUGUGGAUUUGGGUUAG